AUGGCAUCCGACACGCCUCCGUUGUCCGAAAUGGCAAGUGGCUCGAUGCCCGAUUCCUCACAAACAAACUCCAUGGCGACCGUACUGGCGAUUCCAGAACUCUUGGAGGCCAUCCUCCUCGAAGCCGAUAUGAGAACGUUGCUAGUGUCUGCUGCCCGAGUGAGCAGGCACUGGAACGGACUGAUCGCCUCGUCGCCAAUGAUUCAACAAGCCCUAUACUUCCGACCUAUCAGGUCAGGGGCGUCGCAACCUACUCAGCUCAAUCCACUGUUGACAGAAAAGUUCAAUCAUGUUUUCUUCGAAGUGUCUCAAGAGGAGGAAAAAGCACCGGUUGGAUCCAUGAAGAGAGCGGGAGACUUCGAAAAAUUGCCUUGGUCGCGAUCAAAGGGCAACAGCGUCUCGGCAGAUGACGGCGAAACCCGUGAAAGCGAUUGCCAGGCCUCGGAAUACCAGGAGCGCUUCACUCGCAGAAAUGCGAGCUGGCGCCGGAUGCUUAUCUCGCAGCCGCCAACUCGUCACAUUGGCUACUUCGAGAUAAAUAUCUGGAAGUGCGAUGCGCUACCCUUCCGAGCUGGCUUGGUCCCACCACGAAGCAAAGGGCCCGGCGUGUGUAUGGGAGACUUGUACGAUUUGGUCCAACAUCAUGCCGGAAAUCACUCAAGAAAUUCAGCAUGGUUCAGGGUUACGUGGGAGAAAUGCAAGGGCCAAAUGUUGUCGGAGACGGCCCAAUCUCAUUGCGAGAGCUUGUUGAAGCGAACUGGCAUUCUUGUCGAGUUUCAACACACGAAUGACAGGCUUCAGGUUCCUCGAGACCCCCCUAAUGCCGACGCGGUUCAAAAGUUUGAUGCGCAGUUCAAGUCGCAAGAUUUUCAGCAUCCUGAUUUUCAACAUUUAGAGGAGCAUAAGCAUCAUGGCGAGCUGGUGUGUUUGCCAUCGGCCACAUACACAAUACCCCAAUAG